CCUCUGUAUUUUAACUUUCAUUUCAACUUGUUUAUACACGUUAGACCAUCGAAAAGUGUAGUCUAACUUGCAUACGGCUAAAAUAAAAACUUACAGUUACAUAAAGAGAUAUUUUAAACUUAAUAUGGAAUAUAAAUGUUUUAUUUGGGUAAAUAUAUCCGUAAGGGUUUCUUACGAAGAUAGUCCUCCAGUUCUAGACAGAAUAAUUUAAGCCCUGUCCUUCAAAAAAAUGGCUGUGCGAAGUUCGAAGUUGUUCAAUUGUGAUCUUGUUUUAAAUCGAAAACAAUGCUAAGCUGCAAUGAAGUAACUUGUCUGGUUCGAUAUUUUAAAAAAAAAUACAAAAUGAGGAGGUAAUACUUUCUGAAUAGCACUUUUUUGAUAAAAUACUUUCAAUCUUCAAUUUAAUGAAGCCUUGAAUCCCAUUGUUGAAAGACACAUAACAGUCUAUAAUUUUCAAAUAACGGUCUGAUUUUAAAUUAUGACAAUUAACGAGUUUAAUUUUGAAAUAGUAAUUUGAUUGCAUUCGGAGAACGGGUUCAAUAUUGUUUCAAAACAAAUUAACCUCUUCUAGAAUGUUUUAAGUACAAUGUAAUUAGCAGGUUUUGCGAGGAACCGAACAGCCAUUCCUGGCCAAGCAAUCAACCGUUUUAAGCCUAUCUCUUCAGCACCUCGUUUUACCACUGCCUAUAGCAAAGAACAUAGCAAGAUGGCGUUUGCAGUUACCUUAAAAUGUAUUUAUAUCUGUUUGAUUCAAUUUGCGUGUUGUGAAAAGAGAUUUGUCUCAAAUGUCCUUGAUAAAACAAGGUCAUCCUGCCCAGAUAUGCCUAAGAAAGUCUACACAGUCACAAGUGAAAUGCAGUGCAUUCACAGAUGUAUGAGGAACAAAGAUUGCAGCACGAUAAACUACAGAAACGAGCAAAACGUCACAGAAAACUGUGAAGUGUUCAUUGGUGGCCACUGCGCGAAUAUGGAAGAUUCGGAGAAUUGGAGAACUAGUGUCAUUAAGAGCGAAUUAUCUCCAGCGGCUAAAGUUUUUAGGAGUUGCAAAGAAGUAUUUAUGGACAAAGAAAAUUCAGCAUCUGGGGUAUACCAUUUAGAAUCAGGCCCUCAUUUCUGCAACAUGAGUGAGAUUCCAAAUUGCGGAGGAGGUGGAUGGACUCUUGCGAUGAAAAUUGAUGGAACACAGAGUACAUUUUAUACUGACUCGCAGUAUUGGUCAAAUGAUGAAGUAUAUAAUACGAAGUUAGGGAUCCAUUCCUUCUAUGAAAACGAAGCAAAGUUCCCUGCCUUCAGCAAGGUUGCAUUUGACGAGAUCUGCAUUGGUAUGAAGGCAUCAUCUGUUGUGAAUUGGCUGCGUUUACCAGUAAAAAGUUCCUCCCUGCUUGCUAUUUUCAAACCUGGUACCUAUAUACAAACCAACCUUGGAAGGACGGCUUGGAAAAACUUGCUUCUGUUAUCAUCGUUGCAACGCAAGUGCAAUCGGGAAGGAAUCAAUGUGAAGAACUCAGCGGGUAAAAUCAAGGCAAGAAUCGGUCUGAUUGCAAACAAUGAAGAUGAUUGUCAUUCCGUCGAUUCGUUUCUUGGAUUAGGGAUUCCAACCAUCAUAUGUGGCAAUGAAGCAUGGACAAGCCCGUUUGUCGACAAUGGCCAUGUACGAAUCGUUGCAAUGGGCUUUGUACUUGUCAAAUGAACAUGUCCUUGGCUGAGAUAAUUUAUAACAGUCAGUGACUGAAUUUUUGCAUUAUACUCAAUAUAAAUCAUGUUUGAAACUGUGAAAAGACAUUAUCUAGAUAUACCAAUUUAUUAACAUCUUUGCAUACAGACAAGCAGACACUCGGACGGAAUAUGCUCUAGCCAUACUAAUAAGCAAGAUACAGUAUCUUGCUAUAAGCGAUACGUAAACUUGUGUGAUAAACAUAAUUUACUUUAUUGCCGAUUGCCGAUUUGAAACACUAGCAGAAUCUAUCCCUAACGACUUUUGCAGUUCAAUAGGAUAGGGCUUUGAGCAAAAUGAAGUCUUUUGAAAUAUUUGAUGCUAGGACCACAACAAGCUUAAGAAGUUCUUUGCUCUCGCGGGUAUUUGCACUUGCAAUUCUUUGCUCUCGCGCGUAAGGACAGUGGUACACUUCCCAGCAAACAGCAAUAUAUAGUGGAAUCCCGAUAUAACGAACUCCGAAGGGGACCAGAAAAUAGUUCGUUAUAUCGGGAAUUUGUUAAGCCGGGAGAAAACGUUUUUUAGGUUAUUUCGCAGUUAACGCCUAAAAAACCUGCGAUGGGCUUGUCUCAAACUUCUGUGCACAUUUAACUUUAAGAAACUAAGCUGAAUUCAAAUGUUUCUAAUGGUUAGACAUUGAAAAUGAAAAUCUUUAUUUUCCUCUUAUUAUUUGUGACCAAGAAAUUGCCAAAGCUAGUAUAACUUCACGUCUAGUUGGCGGCUGAAUGACGUCUUCGAUUACUUCACAUUCUUGCUUGUCUUCUUCUGCUUCUCCAUCUGGGUCUCUCAAUAAAAGUUUGUCGUCGCUUAUUUUCAAUGUCUCAUAUGAAAGAGGUAUUCGUUAUUGUCAAUGUACUCAUUCGCAGUAAUUUCUGACGCAAUCGAACUUUCACCUCGUGCUCUGAGCCUAUCAGCCAGUGCUUGAAAUGUAUCGUCGGCAUGUUUUGCCGAUUAUAAAAAUGAUUUCCCACCAGAUUAAGCGAUAAAUGAACACCGAAAAUAAAUAAACAAAGAUAACAGAUGAAAAAUUAAUGAAAAUAUCGUUAUAUCUAGGGUAAUUAUGAUGAAGGGACCUAAAAAUUGGUUCGUAAUAACGAGAGUUCGUUAUAUCAGGGGUUCGUUAUACCGAGAGAAUCUGUAAGGAGUUUGUUAGGCAGAAUCCAAGGGACCAAACAUUAAGUUUGUUAUACCGGAAAGUUCGUUUUAUCCGGGGUUCGUUAUAUCGGGAUUCCACUGUAUGUGCAAGCAAAUAUAUGUCUUGAUUCAAACGGAGAAACAUUUUUAUAUUUAAAUGACUUACUUCGUUUCAAAGU